UCAAUUGAUUAUAGGCUUCCCCAAAAACGCGUUCGGCCGCCAGUGUUUUUGUCCCCAAUUAUUCCCGAUCGCGGUUUCUGUUUCUCCCUAUCCACUACCUGACCAUCGAUAAUCCAUCAAUGGCGGCGAACUCGGCAUCGUCUUCGCCCCCAAAACCUUUUACACCAGCAAAUGGCAGCGGUGAUCACAUCUCUCUGCACAACACCCAAAACCCUAGCCUCUCCUCCCCCUCGAUUGCUCCCUCUCCUUCCUCCAUCGAUCUACCCCAGAUGCCUUCCCCUCAGCUUUCCAACUCCCAGCCCCAGAUCACUCCCACCGGGACACUGGAUUUCUCGACGAAGACAUCGGCGACGCCUCAGCAACAGCAAAUUCAGCAGCAGCAGAGCAAUAUUAUGUCAUCCAACCCCAACUUUCCAAUGCAGCCUGGGCUCCAGCGAUCGGGUUCAAUGCAACGGGUGAACCAGAUACAGCAACAGUUCGGCACAGCUAUGGGUGCAGCCGGCGCCUUGAGGCAGGGGAUGUACGGCGGCCAAAUGAACUUUUCAGCGCAGCAGCAGCAGCAAUUGAGCAGCGGAAUGGCUAGGGCGGCCAUGAUUGGUCAAGCUGGACAGCUCCCCAUGCUGCCUAAUCAGGCCGCGGCACAUUUCAAUAUUCAAUCGCAAAUUCUGUCUCAGCCAAGGCAGAAGACAAGUUUGAUGCAGAAUGCUCAGUUUCAAACUUCAAAUCAAUCGGGACAGGCACUGCAAAGCAUGCAGGCUAUGGGAUUGAUGGGUUCCCUCGGUUUAAAUUCACAGCUUAGAGCAAAUGGGCCGCAUGCGUAUGGGCAACAGCGUUUAACCCCUGGCCAGAUGAGGCAGCAGCUGUCACAACAGGCAGCUCUCUCCUCUCCCCAGAAGCUUGCAGGUCAAAAUCUACCGAGGGGGCCUUCUCUUACCUCAAUAAACUCCCAACUAUCUGGGUUAACACAGAACGGGCAGUCAACAUUGAUGCCGGGCACCAUUUCACAACAACAGUGGUUAAAACAAAUGCAAGCAGGGGCGCCCUCGCCGGUGUCACCCUCGUAUCACAUUCAACCACAGCAGCAGAGCCCGAUGGGCCUGAAUCAACAGCAAAUCUCUCAAAUUGUACAGCAUCAGGCUCAGCUUCGUACUCCGCAUCAACAUCCUGCACAAUUCGUUCAACAACAGCAACAGCUGCAACAGCUGCAUCAACUUCACCAACAGCAGCAGUCUCCAAGGAUGCCAGGUUUGACGAUUCCAAAAUCUUUGGCAGGACUGCAGCCAGAUCUAUCUGGUUCUGGCGCCAUCAUGAUGGGUGGAAGCUCCAGCCAAGGAACAGAAGCAGGUAGUCAAAUUCUUGGGAAGAGAAAAAUUCAAGAUUUGGUUUCACAGGUUGAUGCAUCGGGUAAAUUGGAUUCUGAAGUUGAAGAUCUUCUCUUGGAUAUAGCAGAUGAUUUUAUUGAUUCGGUUACAAUGUUUGCUUGUAGCCUUGCAAAGCAUCGAAAAUCCUCAACAUUAGAGCCCAAGGAUCUGUUACUUCAUUUAGAGAAAAACUGGCAUUUAACGAUUCCAGGGUUUACAAGAGAAGAGCAGAAGAGCCAAAAAAAUCAUGUCUCCGCUGAUGUUCACAAUAAGCGCCUGGAAAUGGUUAGAUCAUUGAUGGAGUCGCAACAAAUGCAAAAAGAGACGAUGACUGGUAAAGGAACAUCGAAACAAGCUGCAACGAAUUCCGCUAUUGAUUGGACAAUAAAAACUUCCCCUAGUUUGGACCAGCAAAGUCUUCCCACAGCUGGUUCUCAAGUUUUGCAGAAAAUACAACGAUAUUAACUUUAUUUUUUCCGUCUCUUUCUCUGUUCUGCAGUCGCAGUAUGUGUUCCGCCGCAGCAGACUGACUUGAGAAAACAUUUUUGCAUCUACUAAUUCAACCUCAAGGUUUGGGCUCGGAGAUGGCCAAAGCGGUUGAGAACAGUGCCUGCAUUUGCAGCCAAUUCAUCUAACAGAAAUAUAGGAUUAUCUACCUUGUUGUAUAUAUGGUUGGUUAGCCUGAGAAUAUAUAUGUAACAUAGCUGGAGCCAAUUUUAGUUGCAUUUUUUGUUUAUUUUUUUGGAGCACAGUGAUAUUUAUCGCAUACAGACCACCCGAAGCAUUGAUGUUUACAAAUUAAGCACUUGAUUUUUUUGAAUCGAUGUAUUUACGCAUGUCGAGAUCAAACUAUUGAGAAUUUGAUAAAAAUGAAAAAUAGGGGUUGGGGUUUUAUCGUGAAU